AUGGAGCUCAAGUGCCUUUUGAUGUGGCUCUUGUUUGGAUCCGUCAAGGGGAACAAGCCAGAUAAAUGCCCAACUCUUCCAAGGACCAAAUUUGCUGAUGUUACUGCUGAAACAUAUCCACUGGGGACCAAACUGUAUUAUGAAUGUGACAGUGGCUACACGAGAAGAAGUGGCCACUACUUGGGAAUUCGGUGUCAGAGGAUACAGCAGGUUGCUUCUUGGGUCUACAAGGAACUUGAAUGCAUUGAUGAGAAAAUUUUGUUGUCAACGGCUCCCACGAUGGAGUUAGAUUUUACACAGAAGCCAGAAAGAAAAACACAGAGCCCUGCACCCCAGAAGCGAGAAAACCUUUCAGAGUUUGACCAGAAACAUUUUUGUGGUCUUCCCAGGACUAUUCCACAUGCCUCUUUAAGCCUGAACAGACAGUAUUACGUGGGGCAAGUAUUACAUUUCAAAUGCCAGAGCGGUUACGAUAAACGAUCCCCCACCUCUGGCACCCGCAUGUGCACGAAGGUGAGUGGCAAAAUCAUCUGGACCCCCCUUGACAUGCGAUGCACCAAUGACAGCGACGAGUGGCCGCCACAGAGUACUGAGCCAGGUUCGACUCAUCCACCCUCUUCCUCAUCUGUGAUACUGCCAGUGACAGCUAUCUUUUUUGUUCUGCUUAUCAUUCCUGCUGUCUUUGUGUGA